GGUAAAUCAAUCAUGGAAGAUAAUACCAAGCACAAACUAAAAUGCAUAUUUUUCACAACUUGAAAUGUAGCGAACUAUUCUAUUUUUUCUUGUCAGGAAUCAAGCAGAGUUAAACGCUUAUCAUUAAUAAUUUGGGUAUCGUUUUAUCACGAAAAGGAAGCAUGAGCUAGCUGGUCAGUGAAUUGUAGCUAGGAAAACACCAUCGAUUGUUAGCUAGCUAGCGUGCUUGUUAAUAACGGUAAAACAGAAAGAACACAAUUCGUCAUGGAUUGCUCGUAAACUUUGUGAUUAAUGUUUUGUAACAGGAAUGUGUUUGAAAAUGAGAGAGUAUUUUUUGAUUUUAACUUGCUAGCUAGCUAUAACGUUCCAUCUGAAAAUUGUCAAAAUUGUAUGAACAUGUAUGUUGACAACGGAGCUAUAACGACGUUAUAAACAUCUAGCAAGGCUCAAGCCUGGAAUAUGUUGGGUUGCUAACGUUACAUUAUUGCGUCACGAAAGCCAUCAGAUAGGGAAUAUAUUACACUCGAUUUCUCGAGUUACUGUGGCUUUGUCAUAGGAGCUUGCGCCAUUGUCCUUGGAGACGGAACCGCAGAAAUGUGGGUACUAUAGCAGCUUGCUAAAAAAUACAGUAUUAGGGCCUAUGAGGGGGGCAAUCUUGGCAACAUCACUCGGCACGGUCACCACCAAAGAAGUCUCCCGAAACGGAAGAAGUGACAGGAUGAACAACAUCAACAAAAGCAGACCCUCCAGCUCCGCCAGCUUCUCCUCUACCUCAACAGCAAGUGCCCUUGAUGAUGACAGCACCAGCCUCAGGCAGCAGAAGCUGGAAAAGCAGAGGGCGCUGUUGGAGCAGAAGCAGCGGCGGAAGCGGCAGGAGCCUCUGAUGGUGCAGCCCAACCCAGAGGCCCGGCCCAGGCGCUCCAGGCCUCGGCGCAGUGAGGAGCAGGCCCCGCUGGUGGAGUCACGCCUCAGCAUCACCAGCGAUGUCAUCAUGGACGGUAUCGACGGCCCUGCUGCCUUCAUGGGCUCUGAGGCCCCAGACCUGGGCGCCAAGAUCCAGAUUCUGUCGGUGAGCAAGUCCCAGCCCCUGUCCCUGUCCCAGCCGCUGCACCAGUCUCCCCUCGCCGAGGAGCCUGACCGGGACGGGGACACGGAGACUCUGCUGGAGCCCAAGACGGACAUCCACGAGCUGCUGCAGAAACGAGGUCUGUCAGGCAGUAUGAACUACGAAGAGGCCAGUGAGGAUGAGGAACACGGUGACGAAGACCGGACACGCUCGCUGUCCCCCAACCCAGAGUCAACCCGGCCUGCGUCUGCCUCCAGCACAAAGUCCAACACAGAGUACGUGACACCGGGGUCGCCCACGGCGGAGAGCGCCCUGAUCGAAGUGGACAACCUGGAGGAGUUUGUGGUGCGUCCCGCCCCCCGUGGCAUCACCGUCAAGUGCCGCAUAUCCCGGGACAAGAAGGGAAUGGACCGCGGCCUAUACCCCACCUACUUUAUGCACAUGGAGAGAGAGGACGGCAGGAAGCAGUUUCUUCUGGCUGGGAGGAAGAGGAAAAAGAGCAAGACGUCCAACUACCUGAUCUCAGUGGACGCCACGGACCUGUCACGCGAGGGAGAGAGCUUCAUGGGGAAACUGAGGUCUAACCUGAUGGGGACCAAGUUCACGGUGUAUGACCAAGGCACCAACCCCUGUAAGAACCCUGGAGCUCUGCUGGAGGAGAGCAACACACGACAGGAACUCGCAGCCAUCUGCUAUGAGACCAACGUUCUGGGGUUCAAAGGUCCCCGCAAGAUGACCGUCAUCAUCCCAGGCAUGAACAUGAACUUUGAGAGGGUCCCCGUCCGUCCAAACAGUGAGCAGGACAGCCUUCUAAGUAAGUGGCAGAACCACUCAGUGGAGAACCUGAUUGAGCUGCACAACAAGGCCCCUGUGUGGAACGACGACACCCAGUCCUACGUGCUCAAUUUCCACGGCCGCGUCACACAGGCCUCUGUCAAGAACUUUCAGAUCGUCCACGACAACGAUCCGGACUACAUCGUAAUGCAGUUUGGUAGAGUGGCCGAGGACGUAUUCACCUUAGACUACAACUACCCCAUGUGUGCCCUGCAAGCCUUCGCCAUUGGCCUGUCCAGUUUUGACAGCAAACUGGCCUGCGAGUGACCAACUCCAUCACGACUCCUAACUCGCCAUUCCCUCCAUGGCCCUUUCAACCCACUCCCUGCCCCUCCAAAACAACGCCAACUCCACAACACCGCCCCUCCACCUCACCGUCACAGGAUUCAGCACCUUCCUUGUACAGUCAGCAGUCAGCUCACCAGCAGUCUGCCACUAUGGAAAUAAUCAUGAACUAUGACCUCUCACCCCUUCGUGGUACAUCCAAUCAUGGCACUCGAAUCAUGCUGACUUGGAGAGCGGAUGAAGAGAGUGGGUGUGUGAGAGGACAAAAGCAAGUAGAUUUGGGCGGAGAAUAUAGGAUUUUCCUUAUCGGCAGAAAAAUGAAAUUACCAUCCACAAAGGGAAACUUGUCAAAUCAUCAAGGCACCUUUGUUUUUAUUUGUAUUUAUCUCUGUAGUUCUGUUUCAAUGAGUUUGUAUUGCUUUUUGUUGCGUUAGCUGUUGUAUAUUGGUGAUUUUAUGUGUAUUGAAAUUGAUUGAAAGGGAAAAAGGACACCAAGCAUCAUAGCCCAAAGUGUCGUGGGCACUUCCUGUUAGGGACAGGACUUCUAACACAGACUAGACCAGGUCACAGGAGAUGGUGUCUGAUUUAUUUCAGAUUUUAAUGUUUUAUAGGCCUCAACACAUGUCUGAUGAACUUAUGAGUUUUUAGCAGAUGCUUUUAAAGUUGCCUUUAAUGUUGAUUCCAAGUGUCAUUUUACUCCAUUUGACAUUCUGUUGCCUUCCACAAUCACUGUUGUGCGAUUCUUUUUUUGCAGCAUCAAGAUGUUCAAUAACUCUAACGUUAAACUAUUUCAACCCUUUUUUAUUUUCUUCCUCUUGAAGAUGAAUUUCUCGUAAUCACAUUUAUUUGCCUGCAUAUCCAUCCAAUGUGUCCUCAUCUGUUUUUUGUUUUAAAAACACACGUUAGUAAAAGUAUCUCAGUAGCAUUCUGAGGAGUUUGGAACGGAACAUUUCUUACUGCAAUUCCUUUGUACAUGUCAUUUUGUGAUGUCUUAGCCCCAUGUCAAGUUAAAACCUCACGGGAAAGUCAAUAGAGUUGCCCAGCAAGCACGAUUAAAGGAUUUUAUUAUAGUUUUAUAUAAGAUAUGUCUUAAUGUUUGGACAUAUGGCUCAUUGUCAAAUAUCAUGAAAUGUCAGUCCUAAAUGUCAUUUCAAUGUGUGGAAUACAAAAGAGUUAGCCUGGAAUCCAAACAAUAGAGGAAUAUUCCGUUUGGAUUCCAAGUCACCCUGUACUCAGUCUACAUUAUAUGCCAAAUUUAUCUACCCAUUUAAAAUGACACCAGAUUGGAUAAUAACACUACAUUAUAUAUGUACUGUAACUGGAAGUGCUACUCUGUUCAGCAGACUACACUUGUACUGUACCAUGAAGUCAUUGAUAACCCACUGGGCAAGAACUGGUUGGAUCAACGUAGUUUCCACGUCAUUUCAACCCCAACAUUUGAGGUGAUGACUUUGAAUCAACGUGGAACACUGAUUGGAUUUGCAAAAAGGAAUUGCGUCUUUUUUUUAACCCAACUUUUAAAUCCAAUGGCUGGGUCAAAUGUUUGGUUGAUUUCACGUUGGUUGACAACUCAACCAAAUGUAAAUCAAAACUAGACGUUGAACUGACGUCUGUGCCCAGUGGGAAAUUACUUUUGGGGCAACAUUUAAGGUGCAAAAUAGUUCAAAUCUGUGCAAAAAUAAAUAAAAAGGUGAGCAUAGAAAGUUAUUUAAGUAGAGUUUUAAGUACACUGAAAAAUGCAUAAAUAGUGGCCUUUUUUACAACGCUCGUUGCUGAAGAAAAGUUUCAAAUUACAUCACAAUGCCAGAUUAUUACUUUUACAGUAUUUUUUGCACAGGUUUAAACUAUUUUGCACCAUGAAGAAGUCCCCCUUGAUUAAAGUUUCAGCUGGAUGGAUGUGCUAUAGAGAUGAUUCUGUCCAGUACUGUGAUUCUUGUUCUUGGAGGAUUAGGAACAUUCCUGGGUAACCUGCAGGAUGCAUUUGAUUUCUGUCCAAACAAGACAAACACUGAUUAUGUGUGACAGUGUCGGGAAACAAAGUUAAUUCACAAGAUGUACUGUUUGAAAGAGGGAAAGUGUUUGUUUUUACAAAAUAUAUUAAAGCGAGAAAUAUAACGUUUUACUACAAGAUACUUAUGGGGAAAUGCAUGCCAUUGAUAACUUAACUUUCUGACAAUUUUGGGGGGAUUGAAUUUCAGAAAUAUGACUGUAAAUAGAAUAAAUUCAAGAUAUUGUAAAGUGAA